CACAGAGGAGUUGAUCUGCUGUUCAGCUCCAUCAUGGCGUCGGCGGCUCCACAGAAGCGUAUGGUAUCGUCUGUCUUCAUCACACUGGCGUCCCCGUCCAGAGCCACAGUCACUCCCACUGCACACGGCCAGCACAGCCCAGCCCGAGCCCAGAACACAGCCCCCACGGGCCCCUGCAGAACACACGUUGUGAGUGGUGUUCCUCCUGCCCCCCGUGACCCCUGUGACCCCAAGCGUGACCUGUCUGGUGGCCCAGCAGAGGAUGGAGCUGUGCUGAGAUCAGCGCCCUCUGCUGGAGGACAAGAGAAGCAGCAGUCAGACACACACACACACUGCAGCGAUGUGUGUGGGUUCUGCCGUAAGCAGGUGUCUCCCUGUGAGUCGGCCAUUGUGGCUCUGAACCGCUGCUAUCACUCCGGCUGUUUCCAGUGUCGUCAGUGCUGCGCCCCUCUGGCCGGAAGACAGUACUACAGCCGCUCCGGCCUGCCACUGUGUGAAGCCUGCCAUCAGGCCAGUCUGGAGCCCUGCUGGGCCUGUGGUGAUGUCAUCAAAGAUCAUGUGAUCCGAGCGCUGGAACGAGCCUAUCACCCGCCCUGCUUCGUCUGCACCACCUGCCGACAACCAAUCGGAGAGCAGCGAUUCGCACAGGGGGAAGUGGGAGAGGUGUACUGCCUGCAGGACUACUACAGGAAGUACGCUCCUCAGUGCGGUGUGUGUGGGCUGAUGAUCAUCCCGCGUGACGACGGAACUGACAGCUUCACCGUCGAGUGUUUGGGUCGCUCGUACCAUGAAGACUGCUACCGCUGUCAGGUGUGUGCGGUUCUGCUGUCCCCGGAGCCGGAUGAGCGAGGCUGCCACCCGCUGGACGGACAGAUGCUCUGCAGGACCUGCCACAGCGCCCUGAUCCACUGAACACACUGCACUGAGAGAACACACACACACACACACACACACACACACACACACUCACAGCACAUGGCAGACACUAUUACUCUUCAUGUGUGUCUCAGACCGGUCUGCUGUUUACAGGGUUUUCUUGUUCCUCUGUUCAAUCAUUCAUUCUCUUUCAGCUGAGUCUCUUUAUUAAUCAGGGGUCACCACAAUGGAAUGAACCGCCAACUAUUCCAGCAUAUGUUUUACACAGCGGAUACCCUUCCAGCUGCAACCCAUCACUGGGAAACACCCAUACACACUCAUUCACACACACUACGGCUAAUUCAGCUGAUCAGUUCCCCUGCACCACAUGUCUUUUUGGGCCCACGCCAACACGGGGAGAAAGCACAAUAUUAUAUUGCCGUAUUUAAAUAAAGAUAUAAACGCUGA